AUGUUACCGCGGAAUAAAGUAAGGAAUCGCGUGCGCAGUGGACAGAUGGCGACGUCUCAGCAUGCGGCCCACCUACCAAUUGAUCGGGUAAUGAUGGAAGCUCUGGCGUCGGUCACGCACGAACCGCCACGCUGCCGCACAAUGGCGGCUGGCGGCUCGAUGUUCCCCCGCGGAAGCCGGCCGCUAUUACAUGCUCCGUUUAGCCUCCUCGCCUACCCUGUCGCCCUGGUACUACGCAGU